AAUGUAUGUGUCCUCUGUCGAUUAAACUCUUGUUCCAGUCUUUUUGUUCUUCCAGAGUGCAGCAGCCACAGCAGCAACUUUGGAAUUACCCACAGGUGUAGGACCAAUUCAGCAAAUUAUUACCCCUCAGGGUCAGAUCCUGCAGCUGGUCCGUACUGCCAACAGACCUCAAUACAUCAUUCAGCCGCAGCAGCAAAUGGUGUUGCAGCAGCAAGUCCUGCCGCAGAUGCAGCCUGGUGGUGUGCAGGCCCCCAUCAUACAGCAGGUGUUGAAGCCUCUUCAGGGAGGUAUUCCUCAGCAGGCCGGUGUCAUCAAACAACCACAGCAGAUCGUCCUCACAGGAAACAAAGUACAGCAGAACACUCAGGUGUCAAUGAAGUGCUUGGUCUGGCCAUCCUUCCAACUGUUUAUUUAUUCCUGAAGCUCAGGCAGCGUCAUAUUUUGGGGGAUGAAACCGAACUGUGCUCUUAUGAAAGAAGUGCUCCUUUCAGUCUGUUUUCUGCUGAGGAGAAUUUCAUCACAUACUGCUGUUGCUGUUCCAACAGCAUGAUCCAUUUUGUGCAUUGUGGAGCUUUACUGGAUUUUGUAUUUGACCCUCCAUAUUUUGUUUUAUAAUGUUUGGUCUGACUUUUUAAACUGUGCCUUCACACAGUCUGUGACAUGAUAGAUUUUGUUUGUGUGCGUGUGUGUGUGUGUGUGUGUGUGUGUGUUUGUUCCAUUCAGAGUAUUGACAUUUUUCAAAUAUGUUCAUGCUAAAGAUUGUUCAACUAAAUGGGACAUCUCGUCACCUUGGACAAGUGUUGCUUUAUUUUUGAGGGAAGUAUUUUGAAAAGUUUUAGUGUAGUUCACUAUUAUGCUCCUUGUUUUUGUGCCUUCCAAAUUUAUUGUAGAUAUCAGGUCUUUGCCUAAAAAUGGAGAGCCUUUUAACAAUAAAUCCUACAAACUUUACAUUUCGCCUUUUAUUUUAAUGGCAAGUAAACCAAUACUUGUGAAAUACUGUCUGGAUUAAGUGAGGGAAAUUAUUAAUUCAUGGAUUAAUAUACUGUUUUACCAAUCAAACUGCUCUGUCUCUGAUUUUUAUCUCUAUGAAGGCUGUUAUGUAAGUAGAGUUCUUUUAAUAUUUUGUUGAAUCAUUGAAGUUUUUUUUUUUUUUUUUUUUUUUUUUGCAUUGGCAUUUGCAUUUGCUGAACUGUUAAUAAAGCACUUUUAGAUUGGCUAUUAUUCUUG